AUGAUGACGACGAGGAGAACGUUGACCUGGCGCAGGUAUUGGCGUACCUCCUGCGCAGGUAACGACCCGUCCCCAAGACAUCCCUGUGCUAGUUUUCUUUAAACUGACCUCACAGAAGCAAUUCCCUUUCUUAUAACACUCAUAACAUUUCUCACUGGCAUUCUCUGACACAGUUCAGUCUGUUCCUCAAAAUGAUAUGGCAAAAUUAACUGGCCUGUACAGUUUUAUCAUAUUAUUAUUAAAUAAUUUUAUAUACAAAGGUAGAGAUGCGAUUACUGAUUUGUAAAAUACAAAUAAGCCAUAAGUUGUAACACACUUUCACCUGAUGCACAUUAAUGCAACUUAUGUACUACCUCUCAGUUUUUAAAUGUGGUAAUGUAAAGUGCCUUCUCUGCCUUUCCUGCAGGGGGCAAGUACGGCUGGUACAGGGGGGAGGUCCUGCCAGUUUACACCUAGUGCAGUCUCUGUCUGACUCUGAUGAUGACAACGACAGUGCAUGGGAGGGCUGCCUAGGGGACCGCUACACACCUCCCGGUGAGUAAUCUCCCCCAGCUCUCUCACACCCACACACUACAUUAAAAGAAAAAUACUUUUAUAGUGUGGUAUUAUUAUUCAAGUACACAUCACUACUGCGUAUGUUGAACAGUACUCACGCUUAAGUGAGUAGUCCAGUAUUGAAAUGUGUUCAUUAUUUAAAGGAAAACUCCAAGCACCAUAACUACAACAGCUCACUGUAGUGUUUAUGGUUUCAAAAGUGUCUUUGCAGGGUUCGUAGUCAAAUUGUUUAUUAAAUACCUGGGGCGUGCAUGGUGUUUUAAAAAAUCAUGUCAAAGACUUUGAUGUGCCUAUUUUCCUGUUUUCUGUAGUGCUAUUAAAUUGUCUCUAGAUAAUAUCUCAUUACUUUUUUUUUACUUGCUCCUCCUUGCAGUUGACCCAGCUCCAGACACCGCUGUUUUGGAUCAGAGCCAAAUCAGGACGCAAGUUCUUUUAGCUACAGGGAGAUUAGGAGGUCAAAAGGAGCGCAGUAUCACACGCUUAUUAAGGGAGGUAUGAUAUCAUCCUACGUAUCGCAUGCUAACCAUUGAAGUUGUAAUAUCUUCUUCCUUUAGUUUUCUACAAAUGAAAAUGUGAUGUCUUCUAACAUGUCACUCUACUACUGGAGUUAUGAUCUUCUCCUUUUUUUCUAUAUAUUUCAUGCAGACUACAGGCAGCAUGAUAUCUUCUGACAUAUCUUAGGCCUAGUAGUGUGUUAUGUGUUCCUGUGUACAGGGAAAACUAAUAAUAAAAAGCAGUCCUGUAAAUAAUUUAAUGCAAGCUCUAUGCACCAGUCAAAAUAGCUUUCACAUUUAUAGGCAGAAUCAUACAAGAAAAUUGAGAAAUGAUCAGAUACACGUGCCCUGUUGUAUGUCGUAUUUUCGAGUUUGAAUAUCUUGCGACAUGCUUUAAUUUACUUUCUUCAGCAUCUUUAACACCUUAAGGACCAAACAUCUGGAAUAAAAGGGAAUCAUGACAUGUCACACAUGUCAUGUGUCCUUAAGGGGUUAAAUAUCCUCUCUCUUUUUUUUUUUUUAUUCUUUUUUUUUGCAGUGCAUAUGGGUUGAACAGACAUGCGUGUGGUACCCUCUGAGUGGAUGCAAGUGUGUAUAGACACAGAGAUUUCCGUGAGUCAUAUUAUUUGCUAGGCGGGAUCUGGGUUAGGAUAAAACAGACAUAUCAUGGCAUGGUAAGAGUAAUAUUGGAGAUCCCUUGUCCCUUGCGUCCCUAAUAUUAUUCUGCCGCAGCGUGAUUUCCCACAAGAAUAUACCCGGCUUGGGGCACAGUGAAGCAGAAACAGGAUUAUCAGACAUGCAUUCGUUAUUCUGGCUUUCUACGCUGUGGCUAGCAUGUUAUCGAAUAGAGGUGAUUAAGACAAGUGAGGAUAAUAAAACGCUUAACAGUUUUAGAUUAGUUACGCUAGUGUCGGUAAGAUGUGUUAUCAUAGUCUAUGCGUGAUCGGUUUGUGAUAGAGACGGUCCAGACGAGCAUGGUAGCCGCAGCGUGGUGCUAAGAUGUCUUAAGGUAACCUGUGAGAUGUCUCCUGCUGAGUCCGUGCACGUGAUGGUCUGUGCUUGUCUUUGUGUUGGCAUGGCAUUAUCCAUAGUCCACAAUCCCUGGUGAAGUGGCAACGAAAAUGUUUUAUAUCUCCGGCAGAGUGAGGUAACGAUCCCUGCGCCCCUAGCAGGGUCUCAGGCCUUGGGCCUCUGAGCAUAGCAAUCCGGUUCGCCUCACCCGAUGCCUUUCCUAGUGGCUUUGCUUGCGUGGCAGGGUCUGCGCCCCAUCGGGGCCCCUCCACCUGCAGAUGCUUUUGCUGUGACCUAGUCAGCCACACAGCAGGCUUUAUGAGCAUCCCCUCGCGGGGCUGCACUUUGCUGAUUGAGGGUUGGUGGAGUCGCUUGGUGGGAGGUUGGUCGGGUGUGUUGGCAGGCCCUCCUCUGGGGUUUGUAGUCGUGAGUGCUGUUAUCUGAGGGCCCCGGUGCUGGUUCCCGCCGUGAUGAGCUUCGGCUUUGCUUCCAACGGGCUGCCGCUCGGGAGUUACAGGGUGGGUUCCCCAGUAGGAGACGCCGGGUAGCCGGGUGGAUCCACGCCAUUGCCUCCCUCAGCGCUAGCUUGUAGAUUCGUCUUCGGGCUUUAAACUUCGCCCAGUAGGUGUUUAGCCGGCUAACGAACUCCGACAUGUGCGUGGGUGGCUUAGGAGAUAUUUGUUUGGCCAGUGGUUGCGUCUGAGCCGCCAUCUUGGCUAGGCCUUGUUUGUCCCGUUUGGCUGGAGAUUUUGUCGCUUGGUCAGGCAAUAGUAUGGGGAUGGUCGUCCCCAGCGAGGACCGGGAUGUCCCCCACCGGUCCAUGGGGGGGGGUAGCAGGGCUGUAGUGGGCUCUCGUUUAUGAGCUCGUCCUGUGUCAGGAGAGCGUCCGCCUCCCCCGGACCUCAGGCUUUGCUCUGGUGUAGGCCGCAUGGCCGGUAGCGUCUUUUCGGCGGUGCACCGGUGCCGGACUAGUACCAUUUUGUUCGGCAUGUUGCUCUGAGUCUGUUCCCGGUUACUCUGUGCCGCUUAUGUAAGUAUGUCGCUCGGUUUUGGCUCGUUUGUGCCCGUUGUUGCUGGAGCUCUCGGGAAGUGCUACCAGCCAUCUUGGCUGUCAGGCCCCACCCCCCCCCUUCUCUCAUUUUUAAAUAUCGAACGUGCAUGUAUUUCCACUGCUGCUCAGAUGUUUGAAAUUCCCUUAUUUGACUUGUGCACAUUACAAGUCCCCACUCCUUCUUACACAUACCUCAUCUCUGUGUGGAAACCUUAUAUUCAUUGAGCUAUCCAAGAGGUUUGUUAAUAAAAUUACAUACAUGACUGUCUACUAUAGCCAGCGUCUUGUCUUCAAACACCAGCCUCAUUAUAGACUCCCAUCUCAUCACAUCCUCAUGUCGUCUCACCUUCCUAUUCUACUUUAGUAAUCUGGAAGUAUUUAAAAAAUAAUCAGAGGUCUGUUUUAUAGUCCAGUGUCUAGGGAUAUAAUGUCAAGAAAAAAUUAAGCACUCUUCUGGGGGUGGUACUUUUUGUGACUGAUUGCUCCAUGUCUUUGGGCCAGGUCUGCUAUCCUAACUGGCUACAACAAAAGUGGCCUGAUGUGAAAACAUACAUUAUUUAAUGACUUAUUUGUACGGUAUGAAAUGUUCCUGCCCCCCCACCUUCCCAAUUCUUUAUUUUAAUACAGAUUUUCUUGUGGCUAUGGGGGUAACAAGAGCAGUACAUCCCAAAAUACCAAGAAUUAGCAUAUUACAGUAUACAGUUCACAUUAAAUCUAAUACAGUUGGUAUUGGUCUUGGCCUUUUAGCUUGUAGACCAGUUAGACCAGGGGUAGUCAACCUGGUCCCUAGGUUUGGGAUUUCAGGUGGGUGGUGGUGGGUUCUGCAGAAAACGCCCAGUGGGCCUCGAUGGCCGUGGACCAAGGCCGGCAGGGGAGAUCCUUUCAUCUUCCCUGCCGGCCCAUGCAGAGCCAGCCUUGCUGUAAGCCCUCUCGGGCUGGUGAAGAGAUCAAAGAUCUCCCUCACCGACUUACUGGCCCUUGGUUCCAGCAGAGGGAUGGAAGGGCCUGGGAGGCUCUGUGUUCCUCCUGUGAGCAGGCUGGUUGGAGCUUUGCCGUGCAUUACCAUGGCAACGCUCCGAUACAGUGCUGUGUUCGCAUGAGGACAGGAGAGUUAGCCUGCAGCCAGAAGAGCUGCGGGCUAAAGUGAACAUGCCACCACUGGACCACCAGGGCUUUCAGCAUAAUCCCCCUUCCCCCCUCCCGGUAAAAGGUAAGAAGGGAGGGAGAGACAUAAAGAUAGAUUUUCACAUCUCACCCACCUACACACAACAUAGACCCUAUGCACCCUUCACACAGAAACACACACUACCCCCUUACACGCACUCCGCCCCCUCACACGCACUCACACACAAACACACACACAGCAUCCUUCACACACACACACAACACCUCACAGACACACACAGAAAACAAAAGUAUAAUAGAAAAUAGAAAAAAAAAAUAUAUAGAUACAUUUAAGUACAUAUUUUAAAAAAAAAACGCAUUUAAAAAAAAUAUAUUUUUUAAAUUGCACUUGCGCUAUAAAAUUAGGUAUGGCGGUAAGGAGAUUUUACCAUCAACAGAGAUACAAAAGUGGGCUAUAGGUAUUAAAAGGUUGACUACCUGAGUUAGACUGUACACAGUAGAUAGAGAAAUGUUCCCAGGAGCCUGCUCAUUCGCGUCUUAACCCUGUGAGUAGGUGAGACCAUAACAAUGGAUUGGGUGUAGGGGUUUGUGACUACUGUCCUAACAGUUGUAGGAAACUAAUUCAACAAAACCACGGUAGGGACUGUGGGCAGGGUUAACUUCCAGUCUCCUAUGAGCGUAUGUCAGUGCUAUGCAUCAGUGUUAUUGUCUGUGUCUGCUCUCAAUGGGGUGGGAUUACGACAGGUGCAGUGCUGAACAAGUGUGCUCUGGGUGGGUUGGGACGGGGUAGAGAUGUCAGGGAUGGGGUGAGGAUAACUAUUUUCAUCAGAAAGAUAAGUUGAGUGAGUCCAGAUCUAUGGAAUAAAGAAAGUAGAAGGUGAGAAAGAAAAAUGAUAGCAUUGAAUCUGGGUGAAAUGUUAGAUAGUUACAUGUUCCUUUUAAUUACACUCUUGCAUCUAAACAUCAAAUGUAAUUGUCUUAAAGGACCACUAUAGUGCCAGGAAAACAUACUCGUUUUCCUGGCACUAUAGUGCCCUGAGGGUGCCCCCACCCUCAGGGUCCCCCUCCCGCCCGGCUCUGGGGAGAGGAAAGGGUUAAAACUUACCUUUUUUCCAGCACCGGGCGGGGAGCUCUCCGCCUCCGAUCCUCCCUUUCGGCUCAAUGCACACGCGCGACAAGAGCUGCGCGCGCAUUCAGCUGGUCUCAUAGGAAAGCAUUUACAAUGCUUUCCUAUGGACGCUUGCGUGUUCUCACUGUGAUUUUCACAGUGAGAAUCACGCGAGCGCCUCUAGCGGCUGUCAAUGAGACAGCCACUAGAGGAUUUGGAGGCUGGAUUAACCCUAUUAUAAACAUAGCAUUAAGCUGAAGUGGUCUGGGUGCCUAGAGUGGUCCUUUAAGCCAGCUUUCUCAUUUCCCUACUCUUAAUUUAAUAUUAAUGCCCACUAUUAGCUCCUAAAAUGGAUUGUUUCCCACCAUCACUAAUGAGCUGGACUUUUAUGCUUCAAUUUAUAAUCCUGCACAUGACCAUUACACAGCACAUGUUAUUAGACAUGUAAUGGUCAUGUGGAACUAAUCAUCUUUAGAGUCGGCUCUGAGAAAAGGUGGGAAUUCUGGUAAAAUAGUCUGGAAAAGAGAAGUGGAGCUAAUCCUUCAUCCAUUUUUACGUUUUGCUAAGUGCCUGGAUCUAUAAGAAAAACUAGCCCCUAUGUUUCUGUAUGUAUAUUAUGGAAAAUACAGUCUAUAAUGAAAAAAAGGCAGCUCAUGAAUUGUGAAAGAAUGAGUUCUAACAUGUAACUGUGCGGUGACAGAGCCACUUUAACUGUUCGUACUCCAUAUUGGUCACAUUCUUUAUGUAUUUUUACCUGGUGUACAUUACUCUUUAGCAUUUCGUCUUUCUGUGUUUAACUCAUUGACAAGUUCUUUCUCUUUCUUUUGAUUGUCUCUGUAGAGAGAAAGGACAGGAUGUGGUUUUUCAAUGGGGGAACAAUCCCGGGUAACAUCCUAGUAAGUAAUUUGAACUUAUGCUUUACUUGUGAAUAAAUGCUUUGGAAAUUGUUUUCAUUCCUAUUAUGUCCUCGCAGCUUCCUACCGAAUCAUGUGUGUGCCACAGACUUGUAUACCCAGAAGGCUUUCUGCGGUGUUUACUCCCCUGAUGGGACCAUUUUUAUGUCAGCUUGUCAAGGUAAAGUUCUGCCCUUUCCUUAAAUUUUCUUUCUCUCUAUUUAUAUCUUUGACAACCUUCUUCCAUUUCCAUCUCUGUUUCCUACUUUAUCACCUUUUCUUACUGAUAAUACUAUAGCAUUUACCUUCACUUUUGGCAGUAUUAUUUCUGUUAUACUUAAUUUUCGCAACACACUCGUUUUUUUCUUCUCUCCGCUCAAUUAUCUCUCAUAAACUUGAUCUUCCUGAUCCUACUUCUUUUUUUUCUUCUUCAUUUCUUCUAUGGCCUUCAAGCUGUCACAUUGUCUCUUCUCUGUUUGGUCAGAUCAGAAUAUCCGACUGUACAAUUGUCGUCAUGGAGCCUUCAAGAAAUUCCGCACAGUGAAAGCUCGUGAUGUUGGCUGGAGUGUCUUAGAUGUAGCCUUUACCCCUGAUGGAGGGCACUUCAUGUACUCCAGCUGGUCAGACUACAGUCAGUAUACAUAAAAUGGGGAUGAAAGGUUUUGUUUGUAAAUUUAAAGCCAGUAAGUUAAAAACUACUUAGAGUUUAAUGUGCGUCAAUGUGAGGUAUCACAUGACUAUCACCAUAUACUAUUUGUCACAGUGGGAGUCACCUGUACAGCUAGGAACAGCUGUCAGGGACCAAUCAAUCACUUUAGAAAAGUAUCAUAGUUUUUGUGUUUAAAUCUGCGAUCUAUGCAUUGUAGUGUAUUACCCCAUUGCCUCACUAUGUGUGUAGAUAUUGAGACCAACCUACCUUAAGAUGUAUUUUACAUAUUUUUAUGUUAUCCGUUAAGGUUUCAAAGUCUUUUAGGCUUUACAAGUGAGAAAUUAAGUUGAGAAAAUAACCAAUGCAUAAUACCGACAAAGCAAUACAAAUAUUAUUGACUAUUUUUCUUGUAUAUGCAAUUGUGCAUUUGUUCCCUAUAUAUAUGUAUAAUUUUUAAAAUUAUUUUUACAAUCUGACUUUUAGGCGUUUAAAACUACUGUAUAUUGCUUACUGAUAGUUCAUGGUCUGAAGGUUGUUGGAAAUGGUAGCAGGGUUGUCAAACUAAUUUUCUAAUGUCUAUAUGCAAAAAAGCAAACACAUGCUCCCAUACAUACAUACAUACAUACAUGCAGUCACAAACACAAAAAGAUACACAGUGCGAAGGAGAAAUUCACAAACAGAUACACACUGUGAGACAUAUAUAGAGAUAAACAUUUCCACAUACACAAGUAUACAAUGCUACACACAAAGCUACAUGUACACACGCACUUUACCAAAUACACACUCUCACACACAAAGAUACCAACAAUAACACUCAUACAUACGCUAAUAGACAUAGAUAAAUGAUCAGGUACACAGAGUCAUACACAGACCAUUACAGAAAAACACUUUCACAAGCAUACACAGCAAAGAAUAACCACAUAGAUACACUCACAGGUAUAUACAUGCGCAAUAAUUAAAAUAUACAUUAUUUCUAUCCACCCUCCUGUUGGCAUACCAUGCUUUUGCAAGAGGGAUGCUCACUGUGAUCCAUGGGAAUUGGGCUCUGCUCAGUGCCAGUUUCCCUGCUCCCAUGCGACACCCAUUGAGCCCUUGGAGGAAGCGGUAGGAUAUAUCACUUCCUCCCAGUGCUGACUUUAGGGUGGAAGGGAGAGUGUCAACUGAGCAGAGGGAGCCCUAAAUGGGCUAAUGCGAUCAUGUAAGGGGCAGCAUUCUGCCACUGAAUAUGAAUUGUCCUGCAGAGGUAAUUCUAGCAGAGUAGAGCCACAAAAUGCUACCAGAAUUAAGGAGCCUUUCUCACCUAUAGUUUGCUUGAUCUCUUAACAGCAUCCAUGAUUUUAAUAAUGCUUGCUGUGUGUACAGGUGCCUGUCUCGAAGAGGCAGCGGGAAGUGUGAGAUUCUACUGCACUCAGGACCUAAAGUCUGCAUCUGUGAACGUAUACAUGGACGUAGCUGUGCAUGUCCAACAUAUGUCUCAUGUGGUUGACAUUUUAAUAAAGUUUAGAAGCAUGUCAGAUAUAUUCAGGAAUUAAGCUCAUUUUUAGGAGCCACUGAUUGAAUAAACCAGUUUCCAGCAGUAGCAUUUUAAGAGCAGUUGCUUCCUUGUUUUGUGUUGUUUUUUUAAGUGUGUUUAACAUAAACUCUGUAUGCUGCAUAGUAUUUGGUUGCCUCUUUUUGUAGACAUUUGAUUAUAUAGAUGUGAAUGUUUGGAACAACACAAGUAAGAUUCUUGUACUUGUUUUGGUCCAAGAAGCCUACAGUGUAUAGUGGUCAGUAGAACUUGAUAUUUGGGCCCUGCUUUUGUUGUAUUUGUUUGACAUAAUUUAAUAAGCACUCUGGGCAGAAGAAGAAAGAAACAUGUUUUACUGUAGUUGUUCUGGUGCAUAGAUUGUCCCUUUAAAGGAACACUAUAGUGUCAGGAACACACACACUGGCUCAAACUGAAUGAUCUCAGCCAAUCCAUAGGAAAUCAUUUGAAGGCUAUUGCACAUGUGCAGCAAAAGGGUGUUCUACACCAUUUUGCAUCUCCUCAUACAGAUGCAUUGACUCAAUGCAUCUCUUUGGGGGAUGUCAAGCCUCUCCAUGCAGAGUGUGGAGAUGGUGAACGCCAGUGCUGCACACUGUGCAUCACUGACACAGAAAGCAUCUCUAGUGGCCGUAUGAGUGACUGCCGUUAGAGUUGUUACUGGGCAGUAAUGUAAACACUGCCUUUUCUCUGAAAAGGCAGUGUUUACAUUAAAAAGCCUGCAGGGAGAUGCUAUAGACACCAGAACAACUACAUUAAGUGUUACACAUAGCUUCCUCCUCUGGUUAAUAGCACAAAGAAACUCAGCAGGAGUGAGAGGUCCCAAAAUUGUGUAAAUGUAGCUUAUCAUAUAGUUGUGCCAUUGGUCUACUUUCAUAUUUAUCCACAAGCACUUUUUUGCCACUAGACUAUUAGAAUGUUUUACCCUUUAUUGUAUACCAUUUAAAAUUUAUAUUAUCUUUAAAGACUUUUCUUGUACUUGUCAUGAGGAAUAUUUUUGAAAUCAAGUGCCUUCUUUUCUAUAGUAAUGAAAUAACCAAUAAAAAAUAGCUCUUCUUCUCCCCCCCCCCCUGUAACGCCUCCCCGAUUAAAGUUUCCCAUUCUCAUGUGAUAGUCACACUACUUGUCUGUUAACCCCUUCUCUUCUAAGUGUAUGACAUAUGCUGGAAUCAACCUUAAUUGUGCCAGGUUAACAUAGAAACAUAGGUUACACACACUACACUUAUUAUUCACCAUACAGACUUCAUCUAACAACAAGCAAGAACAUGUCCACUUGUUCCAAAUGUUCCCAAAAGAGGAUUUAUAUCACUGUGCGAGUUCCCCAGUCAGUCAGGUUUAGCGCCUUUACAUUUAUUUUUAACUAAACUCAGUUUUUUGUUUAAAAUGUAUUUGCUAUACACUCUAACAAACAAAGAAACCAUUGUGAAAAAAAUUCUCCAGAUAUGGAACCCUUAUUUAUCAACUUUGACUCUGACCUUCCAGUCAAAUAUCAGUGCUACCUUGUAAUUCAAGACAUGGUUCUCAGCAGAGAUGAUAGUGGGAUAUGACCCUCUAUUGACUGUACCUCACGAUAACAAAUAAUCUAACGUUAAAGGAAUACUAUAGGGUCAGGAACACAAACAUGUAUUUCUGACCCUAUAGUGUUAAACCCACCAUUUAGGUGGCUUGCCCCCCUUAAAAGGAAUUAAAACUCACCUUAUUUCCAGCGCCGCGCAGGUCCACCAGCGCUGGCCCUGCCCCCUUGGUGACAUAAUCAGAUUUGUCGAUUUUUAGCCAAUCCAAUGCUUUCCCAUGGCUAAAAUCGACAAGGGGGUGGGGCCAAACGCUAUUUUGGCCAAUUAACACCUCCUCGUAGAGCUGCAUUGAAUCAAUGCAUCUAUAUGAGGAAAAUUCAGUGUCCCCAUGUCCCUUUAAUUUUAACUUAGAGGGAAACAGCAACAUCCUGGGAAACUGCAAAACUUUGAGAUUUUUAGCUUUUGCUCUUGUUCAUAUGAACUGCUUAUUUCUAGUUCACAAAUGGAUGGCCUCAUACUCUAGCUUAAACAUAGGGACUUGGACACCAAAUACCUUAGUGGUCAAGACCUUCUCAACCUUGUUUAAUAUUGGGAAAAUUUCCCAUUCUAGCGGAGGUGGGGGGAUUGGGAUGGAGGAGCAGGGAGCGGGUCAGUUAUUCAAAAUAACGAAUGUGUUACUUUUCCUUUAAGUUUAAAGUUUCUAUAAAACUGGAAAAUGACUUUAGAGUAUAUAUUGUCACAUUUUUCAGCCCUCAGUCCUUAUUAUUCAAUGACUGCCAAAAGUGUCUAAUGAUGUCUGGCAUUCCUAAUAAAAACAUUUCUGCAAAACAAAAGUCAGACUGCUAUACACUAAGCUUACUAUGCUGGCAAAUUUACUGCACAUCAUUGUUUUACAUAAUCUUAAACAAAAUGUAUUUCUCUGAUUUCAGUUCAUGUAUGCAACAUAUAUGGAGAUGCUGAUUCUCAUGUAGCGCUAGAUCUAAGGUACAAAGUUUAUAUAAUUUAUUUAUUGACAUUUAUUUGUGCAGUUUCCUUUUGUAAACUUACUUCAUUUUUAACCAAUUACUUCAACUGUCAUUCCAUGUCCAUGCUUUGCUGAAGCUUUGACUUCUCUACUCUGACUUUAUUCUCUCUUCACCAGCCUCUUUCUUUUCUUUCUUCUCUAAUGUGCAGUCCCUCAGAGCGCCGUUUCGCAGUUUUCUCACUCACUGUGUCUUCUGAUGGUCGAGAAGUGCUUGGGGGGUAAGUACUAAUUGGUUCAGUAUUUACUGGUGUGUUUUUAUAGUUUUAUAUUUGUACAGCAGCAUGAGAAGCAAGACAUAAAAACACACAUAUAUAUAUAUAUUGCAUGCUUACUAUACCCUGUAUAGAUUAGUUUACUCAACAUGUUCACUUCAAAAUUGAGAACUGUAAUUUUCUCAUAUAUACUGGGUCUAUGAAAAUAAAUAAAUACUAAUGAUCUAAAAAAAACAAAAAACUAUAAAACAUUGCUAGCAUCUUUAGUGUCCCCUUUUGUUUUGUUGCUCAUUAAUCCGUUAAUAGCAUUUCAAUGGCAAGUCUUUACAUUCGCUAACAGUUCUACUGUUAUUAUGCUAUUAUUGACAGCUCUUUUUGGUAUUUUACAAAAAGGAAUUAAAGAAAAGGAAAAUUCGAAGGAAACAUUUGUUUUAUAUAAUAGUUACAGUUGAAAGAAAAAGUAUGUGAACCCUUUGGAAUUAUAUGGAUUUCUGCACAAAUUGGUCAUAAAAUGUGAUAUGAUCAUCAUCUAAGUCACAACAAUAGACAAUCACAGUCUGCUUAAACUAAUAACACACAAAGAAUGAAAUGUUGCCAUGUUUUUAUUGAACACACCAUGUAAACAUUCACAGUGCAGGUGCAAAAAGUAUGUGAACCCCUAGACUAAUGACAUCUCCAAGAGCUAAUUGGAGUGAGAUGUCAGACAACUGGAGUCCAAUCAAUGAGAUGAGAUUGGAGGUGUUGGUUACAGCUGCCCUGCCCUAUAAAAAACACACACCAGUUCUGGGUUUGCUUUUCACCAGAAGCAUUGCCUGAUGUGAAUGAUGCCUCGCACAAAAGAGUUCUCAGAAGACCUACGAUUAAGAAUUUUUGACUUGCAUAAAGCUGGAAAGGGUUAUAAAAGUAUCUCCAAAAGCCUUGCUGUUCAUCAGACAAAUUGUCUAUAAAUGGAGAAAGUUCAGCACUGCUGCUACUCUCUUUAGGAGUGGCCGUCCUGUAAAGAUGACUGCAAGAGCACAGCGCAGACUGCUCAGUGAGGUGAAGAAGAAUCCUAGAGUGUCAGCUAAAGACUUACAAAAGUUACUGGCAAAUGCUAACAGCCCUGUUAGUAAAUCUACAAUACGUAUAACACUAAACAAGAAUAGAUUUCAUGGGAGGAUACCACAGAGGAAGCCACUGCUGUCCAAACAAAACAUUGCUGCACGUUUACAGUUUGCACAAGAGCACCUGGAUGUUCCACAGCAGUACUGGCAAAAUAUUGUGGACAGAUGAAACCAAAGUUGAGUUGUUUGGAAGAAACACACAACACUAUGUGUGGCGAAAAAAAGGCACAGCACACCAACAUCAAAACCUCAUCCCAACUGUGAAGUAUUGUGGUGGGGGCAUCAUGGUUUGGGGCUGCUUUGCUGCGUCAGGGCCUGGACGGAUUGCUAUCAUCGAAGGAGAAAAAUGAAUUCCCAAGUUUAUCAAGACAUUUUGCAGGAGAACUUAAGGCCAUCUGUCUACCAGCUGAAGCUCAACAGAAGAUGGGUGUUGCAACAGGACAAUGACCCAAAGCAUAGAAGUAAAUCAACAACAGAAUGGCUUAAACAGAAGAAAAUACACCUUCUGAAGUGGCCCAGUCAGAGUCCUGACCUCAAACAGAUUGCGAUUCUGUGGCAUGACCUCAAGAAAGCGAUUCACACCAGACAUCCCAAGAAUAUUGCUGAACUGAAACAGUUCUGUAAAGAGGAAUGGUCAAGAAUUACUCCUGACCGUUGUGCACGUCUGAUCUGCAACUACAGGAAGCGUUUGGUUGAAGUUAUUGCUGCCAAAGGAGGUUCAACCAGUUAUUAAAUCCAAGGGUUCACAUACUUUUUCCACCUGCACUGUGAAUGUUUACAUGGUGUGUUCAAUAAAAACAUGGCAACAUUUCAUUCUUUGUGUGUUAUUAGUUUAAGCAGACUGUGAUUGUCUAUUGUUGUGACUUAGAUGAUGAUCAGAUCACAUUUUAUGACCAAUUUGUGCAGAAAUCCAUAUCAUUCCAAAGGGUUCAUAUACUUUUUCUUGCAACUGUAUACUUCAAGGAGUAAUCGAUACACUUCAAGCAUUAGAAAUGUAUAGAAGCGACUUGAUUACUGGUCAAAUGGGCAUUGCAUUUGCAGAUUAAGAAUGUUACCUACGCUCGUUUGUAUCGUAAUAUGUAACCAUAGUCAUGUUAGGAAAUAUUGGAUGAUGUGAAAAAAAUUAUAAAAGGAGAACCGCAGAGAGGGCAGAAGAUUACCUACCACCAAGGAUAUUGGUCCUGAAAAGGAAAUAAAAAAAAUAAAAAAUUGUUAUGAUGUAAUUAUUUCCGUUAAAUGGUCCUAUAGGUGGUAGCUAGAUUUGUAUUUAUAAUUUGUUGUUUAUUGAGGAGUAGAAACAUACAGUACUGCUAUGUGUGCCAUUUGUGCAAUUGUUACAGAGCCAAUGAUGGGUGUGUGUAUGUGUACGACCGUGAGCAAAAUAUCCGAACAUUAAAGGUACUGAGGCUAAGCUGUUUUCACUUUCUUUCAUUACCUUUUCCCUCACCUUCACUUCAGUAAUUACUUAUUCUCAACUUAUGAUGUCAUAUUAAUUAUAAAUUUUGUAAAGUCUUUCUUCAACUGUCUCCUUUUUUUUCUUCUUCCUAUUAUGCAAUAUCUCCUUUUUGGAAGUAAAUCAGUUCUUGCUGUAGAAAUCAAGUUGUUUACUAUUCUUUUCUCAGUUUUGUAUCCCUAAUCAUAUACAUUUAUUUAUACUAGCCCUUCUUUAGAUUUAUUAGCCUUUUGUUUAUUUCUUAACCAUUAAAGGACCACUCUAGGCACCCAGACCACUUCAGCUUAAUGAAGUGGUCUGUGUGCCAGGUCCUUCUAGGGUUAACCCAUUUUUUUAUAAACAUAGCAGUUUCAGAGAAACUGCUAUGUUUAUGAAUGGGUUAAGCCUUCCCCCUAAUCCUCUAGUGGCUGUCUCAUUGACAGCCACUAGAGGCGCUUGCGUGCUUCUCACUGUGAUUUUCACGGUGAGAGCACGCAAGCGUCCAUAGGAAAGCAUUGUAAAUGCUUUCCUAUGCGACGGGCUGAAUGCGCGCGCAGCUCUUGCCGCGCGUGCGCAUUCAGCCCAGGAGGAGGAUCGGAGGCAGAAUGCUCCCCGCCCAGCGCUGGAAAAAGGUAAGUUUUUAACCCUUUCCCCUUUCCAGAGCCUGGCGGGAGGGGGUCCCUGAGGGUGGGGGCACCCUCUGGGCACUAUAGUGCCAGGAAAACGAGUAUGUUUUCCUGGCACUAUAGUGGUCCUUUAAGCCUACUCCCUAUUUCCAAAGUUUAACCCCCUUCUGUAUACUUUAGAUUUCUCCUCUUUUCCACUUCCCACACUUUCUUUACUUUAUCACUUGUAGUAUGUUUUUUUCUAUAGCUAUUUUGCUGUUGGUAUUUUUACCCCUCUGUAAUUCCCUUGUCUUUUUCUUUUGUUUAUACUAUUCUUUCUUCAACCUCUUUGCCUCUUAGUUUUUUCUUUUAUAAAUACAUUUUAACAAAUGCUCUUGUCUUGCCCUCUUACAUUUUCGCCUUCCAUUCAAGUUUUUCUCUGCUUGUAUAAGACCCUCCAUAGAAAUCCAUUCACUUGCAUUUUAGCUCUCCAUUCACUGGUUUCCUCUACCUUAGUGUGACUCUGAGUUUGCAUUUCUUACCUCUAUCUCCUACAUGAAUUCAGAUUUCUUCCCAUGAAGACGAUGUGAAUGCUGUUUCAUUUGCUGAUGACAGUUGUCACAUCCUGUACUCUGGUGGUGAUGAUGCUCUGUGUAAAGUGUGGGACCGCCGAACUAUGAGAGAGGAUGAUCCAAGGCCAGUGGGGGUGCUAGCUGGACAUCAAGAUGGCAUCACCUUUAUACACAGUAAGGUGAGAUAAAGACUUUAACUUCUUUCAUGUUAUGCUUCAUUACGCUUCUCUACGUUUCUGUGCAUCAGCACAGGUAUGGAAUGUAACUGUUAGUUGAGUGCCACUGGCCUGUAGACAAUAGCACCUAGCAUCCUGCAGGUUGUCUACCUGUUCUUUUGUUAACAUUUCAUGUGCUCUCCUAUAUAAUCAUGCACAGCCUGUUUUAUACCUCUUUCUCGGUCAGAGUACUCUGCCUAAGUAUUGUAUGUUGCCUUCUGCUUAGCUUGUUUCUUUGGUAUUUUUAGAACUAAAAUAAAUUUUUAUGUAGUUGGUGUUCCGGUAAUUAUAAUUUAACAUAUACCAUUGAAAGGAUACUAAAGGCAGCAAAAACAACAUUAGGUUAAUGAAACAGUUUUGUUGUAGACACUGAUCAGCCACUAUAUUAAAAGUACUGACAGUGGAAGUAAAUAACAUUGAUGACAUCAUUACAAUGGCACCUGUCCAGGGGUGUACUAUAUUAGACAGCAAGCGAACAGUUAGUUCUUGAAUUUCAUGCGUUGGAAGGAGGAAAAAUGGUAAAGUGAAAAGAUCUGAGUGAGUUUCACAAGUGCCAAAAAGUGAUGGCCAGACAGCAAGUCUUGUGGGGUGUUUCUGGUAUGAAGUUGUUAGUACGUACGGAAAGUAGUGCAGGGAGGACAACCUAGGAACCAGCGUGAGGGCCCAAGGGGAGCCAAGGCUAACCUUCGAUAAUACCUGUCCACCUCUGAAAGCCCCUUCAAUGGGGACGUGAGCAUCAUAACUGGACCAUGGAGCAAUAGAAGAAGGCUGCCUGGGCUGAUGAAUCACAUUUUCAUUUAGAUCAAAUCGAUGUCUGGAUGUAUGUACAUUGUUUACCUGAGGAAGAGAUAGCAGCAGGAUGCAUUGUGAGAAAAGGGCAGGCCAUAAGAGGCAGUCUUAUGUUCUGGGCAAUGUUCUGCUGGGAAAGCUUGGGUCCUAGCAUUUAUGUGGAUGUUGCCAUAUACUACCUACCUAGAGAUUGUUGCAGACCACGUACACACCUUCAUGGCAGUGGUGUUCCCUGAUGGCAGUGGCCUCUUUCAGCAUGAUAAUGCACCCUGCCUCACUGCAAAAAUUGUGCAGAAAUGGUGAGAGGAACAUGACAAAGAGUUCAAGUUGUUGCAUUAGCUUCCAAAUUUCCUAUUUCCGAUUAAGCAUCUGUGGGAUGUGCUAGAACAACAUAUUCGAUUUAUGGAAGCCACACCUUGCAACUUGCAGGACUUAAAAUAUUUACUACUAAUGUCUUGGUGCCAGAUACCACAGGACAUGGUUAGAGGUCUUGUGGCGUCCAUGCCUUGAUGCAUCGGAGCUGUUUUGGCAGCAUAAGGGGGACCUACACAAUAUUAGGUUGGUAGUUUUAAUGUUGUGGCUGAUCAGUGUAAAUCAUGACUGUAGUUUCUAUGCUCAGUUCUCUGCCAUUUAGGAGUUAAAUCACUUUUGUUUAUGUUUAUUUAGCCCUAUCCACACCCUUCUGGCUGUUUAUGACAUAGCCUGCAAAAAAUGUUUUAUUUUCAAGCAGAGGUUAACUUGCAUUAGACAUUGUUAUCUCCUGUUCCUUAAAUUGACCUUUAAUCACACACAAGAGGCUCUGGCAUGGUCUAGAAGGCUAUUAACACAGCAGGAGAUAAUUCUAGAUUAAACAGACUAUGCAAUACAGGACCUAAUAUAACUAGGUUAUUUUUCAGGAAGUGUUUCAGAAAGAUGUGCAAGUCACAUGCAGGGAUUUAACUCCUAAAUGGCAGAGAAUUGAGCAGUUAGGCUGCUGGUUCAUGUUGUAUUGAGCUAAAGUUGUUUUGGUGUCUAUAGAGUCCCUUUAAGACAGAUGCAUUUGUAGACACUGCAUUGCGCUAACUUUAAAAAUGUUGUUUAUUAUAGAUUUCAACUUGUUAUAUUUGUCUUUGUUUAAUGAUCAUGUGCUUGUAUGAGUUAAACAGGUUGUAAUUUUUAAUUAUAUUGCGAAAUGUUUUAAUAUGUAUGAUAGGCAAUAGUCUUAUUAGUUUAACAAGAUUACACAAUAAAAGCCAACAUAAAUGUGCUAGGCUGUGGUGUUUAUUUAAAGCUUAAGUGGCAUAGAACCAUAUGUCUAAAACAUUUUAGAUAUAUAACUUUAACCCUUUACCUAAAUUAACUUUAUUAAACUGCACUAAACUGACAGUCAGUCCUAGAUGACCUGAUUGCCUUUUAAAAACAUUUGCCACCAUAUCCUUCUGUAAUCCUUCCUCAGAACUUGACCCUGAGGAUGGCCUUUUGCGUCACUAUCUCGAUUGGGGGACAAUAAAUCUUCCCUAGUGGAGCCCCCUUCUUCCCCCCAGCACCUUCUCAAUCAUAUUUUGCAAAUACAAGUUAAAAAUAUAAUUGCUAACAUUUUAUAAAUGAAUUUGAUCCUUACUAAAUAGGCCUAAAUCCUUUCUAUCUAUUUCUAAGUGCCUGUACGCAGAACCACACGCCAGUGGCAAAUAUUGUCAUUGCAACGUUUAGCUUCUUUCACACUCUUUCUUGCACUCUAAAUCCUUUGAGUCUAAUGAACUCAAGCACAGGACCAUCUGCGACCAAACUAAAAAAGCUGCAGGUCAGUUGACAUUAAAACAUUUUUUUAAACAACGCAAUAAAUUAACAGUUUUAACCAAACCCACAUCAUUACUUCUUAUGUGUAAAAUUAAAACCUCUGUAACUGCCCAUCUCAUAGAGCAAACCAGGAUAAUUUCUGUGUUUUGAGAAAUUCUCAAACACCCACACAUUUCCAAUAUAUCACCACAUCAUCAUGAUUGAGGCUUACGUUCAAUCCAUAUAUUCUUGAUCCUGCACUAGGUUAUGGCCCACUUAACAGAAGAAUGCCCUGUAACCCAAACAUUUGUUAAAUGGUACUUAAAUAACAAGGAAUGAAAUAAGGAGAAAGUUAUUACAUCAUAUUGUCAUGCACAUACAGCUUAAAGGACCACUAUAGGCACCCAGACCACUUCAGCUUAAUGAAGUGGUCUGGGUGCCAGGUCCAUCUAGGAUUAACCCUUUUUUUUAAUAAACACAGCAGUUUCAGAGAUUUUCACAGUGAGAAGACGCCAGCGUCCAUAGGAAAGCAUUGUGAAUGCUUUCCUAUGGACUGGCUGAAUGCGCACGCGGCUCUUGCCGGGCAUGCGCAUUCAGCCGAAGAGGGAGGAGAGGAGGAGGAGAGUUCCCCGCCCGGCGCUGGAGAAAGAGGUAAGUUUAACCCCUUCCUCUCCAUCCAGCCCGGCUGGAGGGGGACCCUGAGGGUGGGGGCACCCUCAGGGCAUUAUAGUGCCAGGAAAACGAGUAUGUUUUCCUGGCACUAUAGUGGUCCUUUAAAGGAAAAUUAUAGCAUUAUUAAUACAAAACCUGUAUUCUUAACACUAUAGUGUCCUGACACCUAUUUAGGUGUCAUCGUGUUGUCAUGCUCAUUUACAUUAAGUGGUCUGGGGGCUGAUAGUGUCCCUUUCAAACAGUCUGACUGCAGUCUCCCAAUUCUCUUAAUUGCAUCUGCUCCAAAACCCAUUUUGCUCCCUGUAUCAAUCCUGAAAGAACGAGAAAUACUUUUGCCUUCAUAACCCAGCUUUAUAAAGCACAAAUGUAAAAGUCAUUGAAAAUAAAAACAUGUGAACCACUUAAGGAUCACAUGAUGCUCUAUACCGUCAUGCUGUGCAAGUCUUUAAUGCCCAGUGACAGCAUAUAGACCAUCAUGCAGUAAAAUUUUUGAUUCUCGCAUGAGUCAAGCAAAGGCAUUUAUCUUGUUUAGCUCUUUCACUGAAAUGCUGAUUCUUCUAUCCACAGGGUGAUGCGCGGUAUCUACUAUCCAAUUCCAAAGAUCAGAGUAUUAAAUUAUGGGAUAUCAGGCGCUUUUCAGGACCAGAGGGCCUGGAGGCCUCCCGUAGAGUAGUGACCCAGCAAAACUGGGAUUAUCGUUGGCAGCAGGUACCCAAAAGAGGUAAGCUAAUAUCCUCAACAAGAUCAUAGUAGUUAAAGGACAACUCAACAUCCAUAAUGCACUUCAGCUUGUUAAGUGCUUUAUGGGUGAGGAGUAUUCAAUUCAAAAGGCACUUUAUAAAAGUGAUGAUUUCUAUGAUAAAUCUGCACUUUUAUAAUUAAAUAAUGAAACACCCCAUGUGUAUCAUACAGCUAGGGAGGUUUGCAUACUGCUUCCGUUGGUGCGCUUGAGAUAAUGGAAGUGGCAGGCGUGCUCAAGUGGCUUCUUUCUGCAUUCCUACUCACAGAGCUCAGUUCACACGGAGGAAUAGCUUCAGAAACUGUAUUCCUAACACUAUAGUGUCUCUCUGCAACCCCCUUUACCCCCAGCAAAUAAAGGGUUAAAUACCCCUUUUACACUUACCUUACCUUGGCACUGGGUUGCACUCCUCCAACGUCAUACGAUGAAGGGAUUCUAAUGCGCAUGUGCAGUGAACGCAUUAGGCCUUCCCCAUAGGAAAGCAUUGAUAAUCAAUGCUUUCAUGUGAGGAUUUAGCAGACGCUGGACGUCCUCAUGCAAAGUGUGAAAGGCCAGGAACCGCCUCUAUGGCUGUGUGAUAGACAUCCACUAGAGGCAGGCUUAACCCCAAUGUAAACAUGGUAGUUUCUCUGAAUCUGCAGCUUCAGGGCUAACAUUAAAGGAACAGUGUACCCAGACCACUUCAAUGAGAUGAAGUGGUCUGGGUGCCUAUAGUGUCCCUUUAAUGAGAAGCCUCAUAAGAACUGCAGUAUCUGCAAGCUCUUUUAAGAUAUUCCCCCAAUGAAUACAUGCAUAAAAAAAAUGCAUGGUUGUAUUCAUUGUGGGAUAUAUCUGCUAAACCGUGAUUUUACUUAAUUUUUUUUUUUAAUAAUUAGCACUGUGGAAUGCUCGUUAAAUCAAUAAUCAGUCAGAAAAGCUAUAUAGCAAAAUUAUUUUAUAUGACCAUUGGUUUAUAUUCUUUUUUUCAUCCCAUUUUUCCCUUUCUUUUUUCGUGAUUACUAUCCAAUUUUAUUUUUUACUAAUUUCUCUUAGCACUCAGGAAAAAAAGGCUCCCAGGUGACACAUCUCUAAUGACAUAUCGUGGCCAUGGCGUCCUCCAUACACUGAUUCGAUGUCGCUUUUCACCAGAAUAUAGUACUGGUCAGCAGUAUGUGUACAGUGGUUGCUCCACAGGUCGUGUCGUAGGUAAAUAAAUAGUUGUUGAAGCAUGCUGAGCUAUUACAACUGAAACUUAACUCUACUUUUGUAUAACAGUACCCUCACCUUUUUCUUACUCUGGUCUUUUAUUUCUCAGACAUAUAUGUACACUUUUUUUUUUUUGUUUUCUCUCACCUUUGCUCGACUCUUAAGUUACUGCUCAUGAUAUUCCCAUUUAUAUAGAGGGAAAGAUGAACACCAUGAGAAGUUAAUUUUUCCUGCUUUCAUUUAACAGAUAUGAUAAAACUGUUUACCCUGUUUUAUCACUUCAGGCUUGAUUUUUUUUCCUUUUGGAGAAGCUGCGUCAUAUAACUCAACUCACCACCAUGCUAUAUCGGAUGAAAUCUCCAUCCCAUUCAACCUUCAAACUCUCCCUGAAAAGUCAUUCUAUUUAAGAAGCUUACAAUUUAUUCAGCUGGCCGUAUCCGUUAUUGUUCUAUGAUAACCAUGUAGACAACACAAUCUGUUGUUUUCUUUGUUUCCUCUACAAUUUUUUUUGACUUUGCUUCUGCUAUAGCUAUACCGAUCACACUGACUUAUCUGUCCCUAUGUUUCAGAUCUGUACCUUAUAUUUUAUAAGUCACAUACCAUAAGAUGUUAAGCUUGAGUUAAGGGCUAUCAAAACCUACAAUUAUUGUUUGUAUCUUUCUGUCAAACCAGGUUUUGUUACACUACAUAUUACAGCUGAAGAUUGUAAAGUAAAUGGUCUGCGACUUAGUCACAUUGGUCUGUCAGGAGUGAAUAGCUGACUAUAUGGAUUUUUUAUUAUGAAUGAAAAUGUAUAAAAGUUCAAGUUUUAUGAAAGAGGAAAAAAUAUAUAUUUUAAAGAUACACACACACUCUUAUUUAUAAUCCAGUUAUCUGUGAUGUGUAUGUGUUUAUGAGUGCACACAAAAGCUUUUUCUAAUUUGAAAUGGGAAAUAUUAUUUUGCUUGUUUUCUUCACUUCCCUUUUAGGGUUGAGUAUAUGGAAGAUUAUUUUUUUUAUUUUUUUACUGAUGCUGUCUUUUUCUCAAUUUCUUCAGUUUACGACUUAUUAACUGGCCAUAUAGUGACGAAAUUGGCAAAUCACAAAGCAUGCGUGCGAGAUGUCAGCUGGCAUCCUUGUGACAACCGGCUUGUUAGCAGCUCUGUAAGUGACACGAGAAGGAAAUGGGAUAAUCGAGGGGUUGUUUUGUUAGAAAUGAAAAGGGAGACAGUGUGAGAUAGGGGAGGUGAAAGAAUGGCUGAGAGGCAAAUUGAUUCAAGGGGAUAAAGCUGGGUGAUAAAAUUGUCUGAAUUUAAGAAGGAUAAAAUUUUUGUUUCUUAUUAGAGUACAAGUUGAAUGGGUUGGGGAAGAGUUCUGAAUGGGUUUCUAUAUAUGGGGACAAGAAAUAUGAAGAUGAAAGCACGUAAUAACUAUUUUUUUUCUCUCGUUCUUUUUCCCCUUGCACCUUCUGUUUUGUCAUUUCAGUGGGAUGGCAGUCUUCGUGUGUGGGAACACCGCCAAACUGAAUUUUACCCAGAAGACCUACGUACUCCCCCAUUAGAUUCUGAGGGCAGUCCAGCUAGCAGCUCUUCUUCAUGGUAG